GAUAGAAGGGGUGGAAGAGAGAGAAAGGAGGAGAAAUCAGGAAGAGAGGGAGGGGAAAGGAGGAGAGUGGGAGAGAGAAGGUAAUAGGAGGGACAAAGGAUGGGAACCGAGUGCACAUGUCGUGGCAGAAAGGGAAAGCGAAAGCUCCCUGACACUUUCGCUUUCUUUACUUCUAGAACCUCUGAGCCCCCCGAAACCCAGACCAGCCCUUCCUAUCCGGUGCAAUUUCAUCGCCCUGCUCCUCGUUCCUCCUAGACUGCGCGGUCCCUGCGAAUGUAGCGCUGGGCAGUGUGCGUUGAGCCGGGAGCUGUCCCAGGGAACCGCGUUUGGCUGGCUCCCAGGCUGCUGAAUCCCGAAGGUGCAAGACCAUGGCAGAGCCAGGCGGCCCCCUGCGUUUGAGGGACUGGCUGGUGGCUCAGAUUGAAAGCGGUAGCUAUCCCGGACUCCGCUGGGAAAACCGGGAAAAAACUAUGUUCCGCAUCCCCUGGAAGCACGCGGCCAAGCAGGACUACAGGGAGCAGCAGGACGCCGCGCUCUUUCGGGCCUGGGCCAUUUACAAAGGUAAGUACCAGGAAGGCACAGACAAAGCUGAUCCAUCUGUCUGGAAGACCCGUCUGCGCUGUGCCCUCAACAAGAGCACAUCCUUCCAAGAAGUGAUUGAUCGCAGCCAACUGUACAUCUCUGAACCCUACAAGGUCUACCAGAUCACCUCCAAGGAAACCUGCAACCUGGAGGAUGAGGGGCAGAAGGGCCAUCUGAAAACCCCCAAAGAUCUAUCAACUGAGCCUCUCCAGCAGCCAGACCAGGCUGACUCAGACUCAGAUGAGGAAACUGGCAAAGAAAGGAUUUCCAAGGGCUGCCAUCAAGUUUCCCCAGCCCCCUGUUUCACCAGCCCAAAGGCUGAGUCUGAUUACCAAGUGACAGGCACGUUUUACAGUUGGGACCCUUCGCAGAGUCACCUUCCUCUAAGCUUGACUUCCUAUGAGAAUGUCAGCACUUCUGGUAAGGAUUCUGACUGCUGGCUCCACAUCCGUCUGUACUACCGAGAUAUCCUGGUGAAGGAGGCCAUUGCUCACACUGCUGAGGGCUGCCGCUUGACAACCCAGCCUGUGCCCAUGGACAGCCCACAUCUCUAUGGCCCUGCCAGACUUGAGCAGAUCCAGUUCCCAUCACCUAAAGCUCUGCCAGGGACCAGCCCACUUGUCACCCAGAUUCUGGAACGCCUUUUGCCUCACCUGGACAGGGGAGUCCUGCUCUGGGUAGCUCCUGAAGGAGUCUUUGCUAAGAGGCAGUGCCAGGGUCGAGUUUACUGGCGAGGCCCUCUGGCACCUCAUUGUAACCAGCCCAACAAAUUGGAAAGAGAGAAGACCUAUAAGCUGUUGGAUACUCAGCAGUUCCUGGAUCAGCUACGUCGACACCUAUGUCUUGGGGAGCCUGCACCCCAGUACCAAAUCCAACUGUGCUUUGGAGAGGAGUACCCAGGUCCAGCUGGCCAAUCCCGAGGGAGACUCAUCAUGGCUCAUGUAGAGCCUGUGUUUGCCAGAGAACUCUUCUUGCGCUCCAGGCGUCUCAGUCCCCAAGGCCCUCCAGGCUCCCAGCCCAGUGCUGCAGAGAACGUGGCCCGCAUUCUGAACCAGCCAAGCCAACCCUGACCGUAGCCUCCCGCCGUGGCCAUUUCCGGAGCAUCACCUAUCAUAGCACAUCUUUGAUCAACCUGGGCCAGUAUACUUGGGGCUAAGGGUCUUCACCUUGCCUUGGAACAGAUUUUUAUGUCCACCUGAUGAGUGGGUGGGAACACAGUGUAUCUGUAGAAACUAAACUUCCAUGUGCUUUGGGAGUUAUUCAUAAGAGGAACCCCCUAGUAUUCCUAGAGGAGCUCCCUAAGACAUCUCAGGUAAUGCUUUGUCAAUCUGCUUUUUUUAAGGUAAUGUCCCAGAGUGUGGAGAGCUUACGAGGAGCCAUCCACAUUCUUGCCUGCCCUUGAAACAUGCCAGAGGGAACCAGGGUUUGUCUGUGAUGAUGUGACUUAACAUAAUUUGCAAAGCAUUUUUUAAUCUAGUGGGAAGAACCUUGAAUUGGGAGUCUGGAGAGAUCACGGUGCGAUGCUCCCAACCACAUUCUGUGCUUGUAGAAGUUACAUAGCCCCCGAGAAUCAGCAAAAGGGUGGUUGGUUGGUUGGUUGUUGUCCUUCAUUCUCAGAGGACCACAAUGACAUCCCUAUGUUAGAGUCCAGGUGAAGUAUGUCUGGCGGUGGCUAAGCAAACACGGAGCUUGGGACGCUGGGCCACAGUAGAACACAAAUAAGAACUUGGGGACGGCUUCUCCCACUCUGUGCAUCUCACGUUCCUUCUGAGCUGAUUCAGUCUGCUUUGCUUGUAGAGCACAGCACCCUCUCCGAUGGGGGUGCGCAUCCCGUGCCAGUGUCACCCUGCCGUACAAUCAUGACCACCCUGUAGUACCUGCCUACCUCACAGAGCCGUGGUGAAGAUGAAAUAAUGUACAAAAAGCAUUUUGCAAAUUUUUAAAUACCUUGUAUGAAUGACUCUCGGCUGUGAUUGUUUCCUCAUUUGAAAUUCAGGGGUGAGUGGGUUCUAAGUGAACAAACUGAGGCUUGGACAAGGGAAGAGACUUCUCUCUGAUCACAGUUGCAGGGCUAGGGUUUGAAAUCAGGUCGACUUCUGAUCCCCAGCCCAAGCCUCCUGUCCCUAUAUUCACUAUUACCCUCCUUAGCAUCCAGUCCAAAGGGCUUCAUUGACUAGGUCAAAAAUCUCUCCUCUCCUGUCACUUACUUGGGACGGGGUCUCAAAUGGGAGAAAAUGAGCCGGGGGUGUCAAUAAGCCUCCUGGAGACAGAGGCUGAAGUGACCACCCUGCCCUGUCCCUCCCCCUAUUCCCUUCCUGCUCACCCCCCCCCC